AAUAACCAAUAAAACAAGGACAAUAAAUCCUGAUUCCUCAAAAUAGUUGCAGAGUUUUGCAGUUUCCAUGGACAGCAUUUUGUUACCGCGGCCCUUGUUUCAUCACAUCAUCAUCAAGUCAAGGAUUCAUGGAUUUGUCAGCCCUCCUCAGAGUGUAGAAUUUGGGCUAUACAGGCAGAGGUGGUUAAGUUCUACUUGUUGGUCUGUUGGGUUGUCAGGAACUGGAGCUGGAAAUCUGUCUGAUGAUAGUUUUUUGAAGGAAAAUGAGAAUGGUUCUUUGUUGGGUGCAUUUGAUGAGUCUGGUUCAGCUCCAUUUGGGACACUAGAUGCUGAAAUUACACCUGAAACUAUUGAUUUUUUCGUUAGCGAUGCAGAGGGUGAUCCUGACUGCCCAACUGAGGGCUUCUCCUCCAUUGAGCAAGCACUCAACACAUUACGCCAAGGAAAGUUUGUGAUUGUCGUUGAUGAUGAAAGUGGAGAUGUUGAAGGAAACCUCAUCAAGGCAGCAUCUCUAAUAAGUUCUCAGGAUGUGGCAUUUAUGAUUAAGCAUGGCUCAGGAAUUGUUUCUGUAGGCAUGAAAGAAGAGGAUCUUGAGAGACUGAAUCUUCCUUUGAUGUCUCCAGAAAUUGAAGAUGAGGACUUUUCUGCCCCAACUUUCACAAUCACAGUGGAUGCAAAAUCUGGCACAUCUACUGGAGUUUCAGCUUCAGAUAGGGCAACUACUGUUCUUGCUCUUUCAUCUCCAGAGUCUAAGCCAGAAGACUUUAGAAGGCCGGGACAUGUUUUUCCCCUGAAAUAUCGCAACGGUGGGAUUUUAAGAAGGGCUGGUCACACUGAGGCUUCUGUUGAUCUGCUUCUGUUGGCUGGCCUGCGGCCAGUUUCUGUUCUUUCCACCAUUGUUGAUCCAAAUGAUGGUUCCAUAUCCUCAUUGAUUAGUUUAAGGAAGUUGGCAUUGGAGCACAGCAUCCCAAUUGUCUCAAUAACUGAUCUGAUCAGGUACCGGCGAAAGAGGGAAAAUUUGGUAGAAAGAACAGCCAUUUCUCGUUUGCCUACUAAAUGGGGUCUAUUUCAAGCUUACUGCUACCGCUCAAAACUAGAUGGAACUGAACAUGUAGCCAUUGUGAAGGGAGACAUUGGAAAUGGACAAGGUGUUCUUGUAAGAGUUCAUUCAGAAUGUCUAACUGGGGAUAUAUUUGGGUCAGCUAGGUGUGAUUGUGGCAAUCAGUUGGAUUUGGCAAUGCAGUUAAUCGAACAAGCUGGUAAAGGAGUUGUUGUUUACCUUCGAGGUCAUGAAGGAAGAGGGAUCGGCCUAGGCCACAAACUUCGAGCCUAUAAUUUGCAGGAUCAAGGUCAUGACACCGUUCAGGCUAAUAUAGAACUUGGUUUAGCUGUUGAUGGUCGGGAAUAUGGCAUUGGUGCCCAGAUCCUAAGAGAUUUAGGGGUUCAAACCAUGCGGCUAAUGACAAACAAUCCAGCCAAGUUCAUUGGUUUGAAGGGAUACGGCCUGGCAGUGAUCGGCAGAGUUCCUAUCUUGACACCCAUUACAGAUGAAAAUAAAAGGUACUUGGAAACAAAACGUACCAAGAUGGGUCAUAUUUAUGGCUCGGAUAUAAGUGAACCAUCGUCUGGAUUCACCAGGUCAACUAUAAAUAACACAGAUUCACCAGAGGAGGAACAAAAGAAGGAAUGAUUUAUGGUCAUUACAAGCUCAUUCUGUAAUUUAUAGUUCUUUGAUUUUGAUUAUUAUUAAUUCAUUCUGUAGUUCAAACACAUGAUAUAAUAAAUAGCAAAAUAGA